GGUCUGCUCAUGCGCCCAUAAGAGAUGCUGCUGCUGCUGCUGCUGCUUAGAGGUGUGUGCGCUGCGGCGGGCUUAUUUACACCCGUUCAGUCACACUGCAUCAUAGAAAAGCUCUAGCGCUCCUUAGGAAAUGGACUUUUUAAAGGGAUUAAUGUGUCUCUGCGGUGAUACAUCUCAAGCUCUAAAUUUGCAUCAUCAGUCCGACAAGCUGUUCCUCCAAACAGUGUGGAAAGGAUUUACGCAGCCACAUUACUGAAGAGGAUUCUAUGACUUAUGCUACAUUCACAAUUUAACUGUGUGUCAGAGAUGCCCCCUUCCAUAAUGUGGUGCAUUAGGUGGGCUGUCUGCUUGUCCCUUAUUCUCACACUGAUCCCCAGGUCCAGAGGAUCGACGCUGAAUUGUCACAAAAUGUGCAUAUGCGCCAGCAACAUAGUCAGCUGCUCCAAGAUGAAUUUGACGAUGGUUCCAUCAGACUUGCCCAACUACACAGCUGUGCUUGACGUUAGUUUUAACGGGAUAACCGGACUACGUGCACAGUGGACCAAGCACAAACUUCCCAACCUCCACAACCUCUUGCUCAGCCACAAUGGUUUGUCGUUCAUCUCUUCUGAUGCGUUCAUUUUCGUAAAGCAAUUGCGCUACUUGGAUCUUUCAUCGAAUAAACUGCGACAGCUAGACGAGUUCAUUUUCGAGCCACUGAUAAAUCUGGAGGUUCUGCUGCUCUACAACAACCAGAUCUCGCAGAUCGACCGCACAGCCUUCUCAGGCCUCAGUGGCCUGCAGAAGCUCUACCUGAGCCAGAACCAGGUGUCCCGCUUCCCCCUGGAGCUUCUCAAGGACAAGAGCCGACUGGACAAGCUAAGCCUGUUGGACUUGUCUUCCAAUCGGAUCAAAGUUCUCCCCAUUAAAGACCUCCAGGCGCUGCCAGCCUGGAUCAAGAACGGGCUGUACUUCCACAACAACACCCUCAUCUGCGACUGUGAGCUGUACAGUUUGAUGGCUCAUUGGUAUAUCCGACGGCUCAAUUCAGCUGUGGACUUCAAGGACGAACACACCUGCGUGCAUCCCAGCCCAGAUAAACGGGUGCUGCGUUUGUACGAUCUCAAUACUCAUAUGAACUGCAGCACAUUUAAAGAAACCGACCAAGAGGCUUAUUUGGAGCAGACGCUCAACCUCAGCUGUGAUACCAAACAGCGGAAAAUGACCAAGACCUGGAUGCUACCUGGAAACAUAUUGGUUCCUCCCAACAUAAACCAGAGCGAUACAAAUAACGACAAGUUUGUGAAUAAUGGCAGCCUUGAGAUAAAAUCGAUACGACCUGAGGACUCAGGUGUGUACACUUGCUUCGCUGUGAGUGAAUACCUCAAUGAAACACUCUAUGUGGUGGUCAAAGUCCACAACUUCACCCUCAACGGCAACAGCGAGACCCUCAACACUGCGUACACCACUCUGGUGGGCUGCUUGGCCAGCGUGGUCCUGGUUCUUAUCUAUCUGUUCCUGACACCCUGCCGCUGCUUCUGCUGUCCAGACCAGGGCAAAAAGAACCAGCAUGAAGACAGCAUCCACUCCUCCAUGCUCAGCGCCACCCCGACGCAUGAGGAUAUGGCAACCAAAGCAGAGCUUAACAGGCACGUGGCCUUCAUAGACCCCAAGGACCUGCAGGGACAGAACGGAAAGUUGAAUCCUAACGGAGAUGAAGAAGUGGAUGAGGAGGCCAUGCAGGGAAAAGGAAAGCGGAAGAAAUCAGUGGCAGACUCUAUUAGUUCGGUCUUUUCUGAUACUCCCAUCGUAGUCUGAGAGAGGAUAUGUCUUUUUGGCUAGAGACAGUUCUUUGUUGUGGCUUUCCUGGACUAAGAGACUAAAGUACACAGUUUGCCAUCCUCAGUGUUUGGCUGUUUCUGCAAAACCUUUCCAGCAUUUUAAUCUGUAGCACUUAAGUAUAUACUGUGAAAAGGUCUUGCCAUAUUAGUGGAAUCUAAACUUGGAGUGUUUAGAUGUUCCUGUGAGUUUAAGCCCACUAAGUGAGACAACAAAUGCAAUUUGCGAUUUCUCAAUAAUCAAGCUAGAAAGCUAUAGGUUGAGAGACGUUAGAACAUUAAUACAUUCUCUAUAUAAUCACAUCAUAAGCAUGAGCUUUGCAGACUGCUAAUGUUAAGAAGAAUAUAGAAUGAAGCUCUUGUAGCUAAUUAUAUUUACCACAAUUUAUGCUAACCUUACCACUUUAUGUAAAGCCAUAUGCAGUUGGUAUUUGCAGGAGAAAGCACUAUAGCAUUUGGGAGGACAGUCACAAGAAAAUGAUGGAAGAGUAUUGGUUUCUGUGGAACAUUAGAAGAAUCACUUACUGUAUAUGAAACAUCCCCCACCUAUAUAUGGCAAUGAAAAAAAAAACAUAUCCUAGUUGAACUCGAUUGGCUGUCUGAAUCUAGACUCUUUCAGUCCAAUUUCAUUAGCAAUUUUAGAAGUUUAAAUGUUGGAUACCAAUAUAAAACUUCCAUCUAUAUGAAACUAUAUUUAAAUACAGCCAUUUUUAAAUGCAUUAACCUUCACAUAAAAAAUGCAGAACGUGUGCAUUUUCAGCCGCUUGAGCUCAUCUGUCAUGACAACCAGGGAGUGACAUAUAACCGAAAUGCUAAUGCAAUCUUUUAAUAGAAUGAAGUGUCCCAUCUGCUUGCAUUCUCAUCUCUAAAGCAAUGAUGAUUUGAGCCUGGAUUCAACAGCCAAAACAGUUUCGGACACUCAGACCUCUUCUCACUCUGCGUUCAUUUGCACUUGUGGUGGUUGGAGUCAGUGCUGACUCCUCCAUUGUCAUUUUUUAAGCCCUUGAAGCGCCUAUGUAAUAAAAAGCCAAAGGCUGAGGGAAUUUUUAAUUAUUAUUUUUUUUUUUAGCUCAAACCAUUAUCAUUUUCUGAAUGAAUUAGAAAAUUAGUUUAAACUCAGGUCAAAAUGCAGUGAUUAGCCGAAUCCCCCUCAUGAUUCUAAAUUAUUACUACAGGCAUACAGCAGUGAUCUCUCAAAGACCAAUAUUAUAUUUGCAUAUACAAUGCCAUAGGAAUCUAAAGAGACUGCUAUGAAUCAUAAUGUAAUGCGUGAAGCUUGUUGGCUGUGCUCAAGGUAGAUGACUAGAUGCAUUCCAACCAGAUAUCAACAUUACGCAUUUUGAUUACAACAUUAUUGUCCUGGUGGACUCGAAAGGCAUGGUAGGACUGUUCUAGAACGCCAGUCAAUGAUGUUAGAGAACCAGACGUGGAUUUAGAACGUCCAGUGCAGCGCACACAGUCUCUAGAACCCUUAAUUCCGGGAAUGCCACUUCUAUCCUUGUGUUCCUGGAACAUCUCACGUGUUAACCAUAACCACAUAUCUAUAACACGGUCUGGUUGGGAUCAGCAGGAGCAAUCUUAGUCUCCUCCAACCUCUUUCCCUAGUAACAUCGUAAUUACAUCCUGUUUUGCGAGCGAGGGAGUGGGUGAAGCUAUUAAAUGUUUGAUAGGUGGAUGAACUCACAAACAGUGUUAUCUCAGGGAGAGGGAAUGACAGAUAAUAGCAGCUAUGGCAGACUGCAGUCAUGGGCAGUUACGGUCUCUUACACGUCUCUCCAGCUGCAAUCCAAAAUUAGUGUGGAGGGGAGGGAAAGGCCUUACCAUCACGAGCGCUGUGGGAGGAGGCCUGAGAUCUCUGCGGUCUGUUCGCAAAGAGACAGAAAAGCCAAGUGCUCCCCCUAAAACCACAUCCAGCAGCUUAUCGCCCCUGUCGUGUGUGUCCUUCUGAACUGUGUGUCCUUGGCUAUUUCUCAGCAUUUGACAGUACAUCUGUGCUUUUGUAUGUGCAAACAGUGUUUGUUUUUACAGUGUUUAUGAGAUUUUGUCAUUUUAGGUAGCUUUUGUCCCCUUGAGGUUCCAAAGAGACUAAAUUGAUUCCUUGUUCUUCUGUGUAUUGUUGUUCCUAUACAGUUGUCUAGGUUCCACUUGUGACUUGGAUAUUGGUAAACCUAUUUUAAUGACACUGACUGUAAAGGUCUUUCUCUGUCAUGUAUUUUGAAAUUUGAUCAUCUAUUUGUCUAUUAUAUGUUGUUAUUUAGACACAGAAAUUGAGACUUUUUUUCAUGUCAGUAAAUUAAAUCUCAAGAAUAAUCACAGACUGCAUCAAAGUACCAAAACUCUGUUGAAGUAAUUAGAAAUUUAAAUGUGAAUUGCUGUUCGCAGCCCGUUUUCCUUUUGUAAUCAGAUGUAUUUCUAAAUGAAACGUUAUAUUCAUCAAGAAAAAAAAGUGAGGCAGAAAAUCGAUUGAAUUGUGAAAAGUGGUGUUAUAAAACCAGAAUGGAUCCAGACCGAAUGCAGGUUUGAUGAAUAAAAUGCCUGAAUAGAUCUGGCUAUUGGUUAACAUCAAAAAAUAACAACAACAACAAAAAGUUAUUUCAGGAAAAAUGCAAGUCAUUCUGAUAAAUAUUCGAAAGACAAACUGUUAUUUCCUUGAAAUAACUGAAGAAUUGUUCAUAAUAAAUCUAGUAAAUAGGGUGAAUUUUGUAUAUAUAUUUAAUUGAUGGAUCUAGUUAUGUCAAAAUAGCUCAUUUUAGAAGCACUUGUGCAAAUGUUAACUCUCAAAACUGUCCUAUAUUAGCUUUAGUAUCCAUUUAUAGGCCCGUUCACACCAAGGACGGUAACUAUAAUAGUAACUACAAAACUGUAAUAAUCAUUCUAUUUCUUUACGAAUAGUGGAGUCCAAACCACAACUUUAACUAUAAGAAACUAUAUGAUUGGAAUCACUUUCACAAUUUUUUCUUUUCACCUUCUGAAGAACAAUAAAAAAGAAUCCACACAAAUUGAAUAAACUUGAGCAUCUAAAGUGGCAAAUUACAUAACUGCAGCAAAUACCUACAGUACAAUAAACAUAACGUUUUGUUGAUGUGGCUUUGUUGGACAUGGAAUAAAUUUAUUGUUACAGUUAUCCUUUUUGAUAUAAACGGCCUUAAAACCUUAGAGAUAUGUGUUACUAGAGACUAGAUCAAGUCCCUUCUGUACUUUACUAACAUUUAGACUCUUGGAACGCUAGAUUAACAGAAUUCAAAACAAGCAACAAUAUCAACAGCAUUUGAUAGUUAGUCUAGUCUAUUUAAGUCUAGAUUUGAGUAUAUAAAUACAUAAAAAGUAGACUAACACAAAUCUCCCAGAAUCUCAGAAAUGUAGAUAUAUCUGUACCAAUUAGUAAGCAAGCAUCCUGAUAUACAUACAUACAGCUAAAAAAAACAGUGUGAACCCUAAUUGGUUUGGGAUCUAAAGUCUCAGCCAUCAUUACUAGCCUCUGAAAGUGAGAACAGAAGUGUUGUCAGGUCCAGGAUUAGAGCUAGAGGCCUUACUGUAAAAGCUUAUUUAGUCUGAAUGUCAAAAAUGAGACUGAUGAAUGCCGGGUGGCAUAGUUCCCUAUCCUAGAGUGAAACCGUCUGCUUGAGGAUAAUCCAGAAACUGAAAGUGGAAGUUUACCUAUGAGAAGUAUUAUUUAUCAAUAAUAUAAAAGCGAAUAAAAAAAUUAAAUAGA